AUGAAAUCCAAAGUGGGCGUGGCCAUCUUCCUGCUGUGUGCGACUGGCGUCUGUGUGUUUUGGAGAGACGACGUCUCGUCGUACUUCGCGCCUCGGGAGGAAAUACCCUGGGCUUGUGACCGAUGUUUAUCCGAAGAAGAGCCGUUGCUCAUGCAGCGUUUUAGAAAAUUUGCUGAACCGUUUUUGUCGGUAAACCACAAUUUCUCAGUGGAUACUUUCAACUGGUGGAAGCGCCUGCAGUUUGAAAAGCGAAGCUUCGAGGACUACAAAGAAACGGUGCACAAGAUGUUUCAGAUGAUCCCGACCAGCGCUGAAGUUGUACCGCCCCGCGCCGACCACAGAAAGACUUGUGCUGUGGUCGGCAAUUCUGCUAAUUUAAAGAAAUCCCAUCACGGACCUCUGAUAGAUUCACAGGACGUCAUUAUAAGAAUGAACAGAGGUCGUAUCAAAGGCUUUGAAGCGGAUGUUGGGACCAGGACAACUCAUCAUGUCAUGUAUCCAGAGAGCGCUCUGGACCUGGAGAACACCACACAUCUCGUGCUGUUUGCCUUUAAGAUACUGGAUCUGGAGUGGGUUACGAAGGCCCUCAGCACAGGGUUUUCUGGAAGAUCAUAUGCGCCAAUUAGAUCAAAAAUCAAGGCCAACAAGAAUUUGGUGAUGGUUCUUAAUCCAGCUUUCAUGAGGUAUGUUCAUGAAGUGUGGCUGCAGAGGAGGGGCCGCUAUCCAUCCACUGGCUUCAUGGCUUUGGUUCUCGCCCUGCACAUGUGUGACGAGGUCCAUGUGUUCGGCUACGGAGCGGACAGUGAUGGAAACUGGAGUCAUUACUGGGAAGAACUCAAAAACAAAAAGUUCAAAACCGGAGGGCAUCCUGGAGAUGUGGAGUAUGCACUGAUCAAGGAGCUCCAUCAGAACAAAAUACUCGAGUUUUAUAAGGGGUGGUGA